UGCGCGCAUCCUAUACCGCAAACAUGGCGACUAUCAGAGCCUAAAUACGAUGUGCGAAAAACAUUUUUUGCCGUAAAUAGUACCUCUAACCGAGAUCGUACCGUGUAUAUUUUCGCCCGUGUUGAUUCAACAAACCGAACAUUCGAAAUAGAAUAGCCAUCUUUUUCAACAGCUACCCAUACAGGGGCAAUUCGAAUAAUAGAGAUCAUAUUCUGGAAAGAAAAAUGUCUAGACGGCGCUAACUGACACACACACCCGUUUGUAUACGAGGAACAUUCAAAAAGUUGCGCGUUCUAGUCAUGGGUAAGCAGAACAGCAAACUGAAACCCGAAGUAUUAGAAGAUUUGAAGCAAAACACGGAAUUUUCAGAUGCCGAGAUACAAGAAUGGUACAAAGGUUUCCUAAAAGACUGCCCCAGUGGACAUUUGUCAGUUGACGAGUUUAAAAAGAUUUAUGGAAAUUUUUUCCCAUAUGGCGAUGCCAGUAAAUUUGCAGAACACGUGUUUAGGACGUUUGAUGCAAAUGGUGACGGUACUAUAGAUUUCCGGGAGUUUUUGUGUGCACUAUCCGUCACCUCGAGGGGAAAGCUCGAACAGAAACUGAAAUGGGCGUUCUCCAUGUACGAUUUGGAUGGGAACGGCUAUAUAUCUCGACAAGAGAUGCUAGAAAUUGUGACGGCCAUCUACAAGAUGGUGGGCACCGUGAUGAAGAUGCCCGAGGACGAGAGCACGCCCGAGAAGCGCACCGACAAGAUUUUCCGCCAGAUGGACAAGAACAAGGACGGCAAACUGAGCCUGGAGGAGUUCAUAGAGGGUGCCAAGAGCGACCCCUCUAUCGUGCGGCUGCUGCAGUGCGACCCGCAGGCCCAAUAGAGGCGCGCGAGCCGCGCCCCCUUCUUCCAUGUUGUGAUUGCAGCAGUGCCGAUCAGGGACCUCGAACCGUGCGUUAACGUCGCCGGUGUAAUGGACUUUUUAGGUUGUUGUCAGGUCGUCUGGUUUCGCUGGUCGCUAAAAUAACGUCGAAAUGACGUCGGAGUUCUGGCUGGUUCAUACUUCCGAUCCUAAUCCUAACAGUUUAGAGCUCUUUCCGCCAGUAAGUCCAAAACUAAGGUUAUUAAGGUAUUUACAAAUGAUAUUUGACGUGUUGAUGUUUAUAAAUAAUUUAUAAUUGUUCAUUCUGUGGUCUGAUAAUUAUUAAUUUUUAUUUAUAAACAAUAAUGUUAUCAUUGUGUAGGUUUCUAAAAAUUAGAAAGGUUUGUAAAUUUUGGUAAACCCAAAUAUACAGAGUGGUCUGAACUGUAUCCCGGAAACUUCGGCAGCGUAUUCUGCAGAUAAAAAUAAGUAAAA